GUCGUAUUAUUAUGUAACACCUACUAUCGGACGUGAUUUGAGCAGAGCUGUUCCUUGUUAAGAGAGUAAGAUCGGUCUCAUUUUAAGCAAAGAUUAACUUGAUUUCAUAAUCUGGGAUUGAAUAGUGCUUCCGGGAAGCUCGUGACUUAAUUCGAUUAAUUUAAACUCGCGUGGAAAGCUAACAGAGCAUUAUUUGACUAGCCGCUAGCUAACCAACCACCCUGUGCGUCUGUAAAACCGCUCCUUCUACUACAACCAUAGACAUUAAUACUGCUUAGGACUACAACGACCACGUCGCGGUUGUAGUUUUAUUUCAGACAUGACGGGUUUGGGAAGCAGGCUGUUCUGCAAGGUCGGGAAGCUUUGCGAACAGCUCCCCGUGUUCCUCAACACCUUCCUGGUGUUCUCCAUCACCGGGGAGGUGAGCUACCUGGUGCUGGUGGAGGCUCCGCUGGAGCCGGAGGAGAAGAAGACGGUCUGGUCCGCCUGGUGGAAGGCGCUGCACCUGCUGGGCCAGUACUUCAUGCUGGGCAACAUCUGCUGGAACGCCUUGCUCUUCCUGAAAGUCAGCCCCAGCAUCAAGGGCGUGUUCCUGGGAGGAGAUGGACUGGGCCAGGGCUGGAGGUACUGCUACACCUGCGAGACGCACACCCCCCCGCGCUGCUCCCACUGCUUCGACUGCAAGGUGUGCGUCCUGCGGCGCGAUCACCACUGCGUCUUCUUCGGCCAGUGCGUCGGCUUCCGCAACUACCGCUACUUCCUGAGCUGCCUGCUGUUCAUGUGGUCGGGGCUCCUCUACGCCGUGGUGAUGAACGCGGAGGUCUUCAUCGUCAUUCUGAAGGAGGGCGUGACUCUGCACAGCAUCCUGCUGCUACUCAUACCCUGGAUCAUGCUUGUCUCAGGCCAGGUUUCAGCACGGGCCUUCGCCUUUGCCUUCAUCGCCGACACUUGCGUCGUGGGUCUACUGCUCGUCUCCGCCUUCUUCUUCUUCCACAUCUUCCUGCUGUUUCGAGGCCAGACCACCAGGGAGUGGUACUCCUCCCGCCGCCCGUACAACCUGGGUCUCCUGGGCAACCUGCGGCACAUGCUGGGCCUUCGCUGGUACAUCUGCUGGCUCUCCCCGCUCAUCCCGUCGCCGCUCCCCGGAGACGGGAUAAACUUCCAGGUCACGGGGUCGCUGGAGCCCUCCCAGUAACGGGCAGAGGUCUGAGCGGACUCCGGGUCUUUGCUUUAUUGGUGACGGUUAAUGCCGACGAGGGCAGCCGCAGGAACGCGGUCUCGUUUAAAGAGGAGGGAGCCUUUGGAUGGGCGUGGUGGUUUGGAUAGCUGCUUGGUGGUUGUUUUUUGUCGUUUCAAAUGAUUCGUUGGCCUUUUAAGUUGUGCUGAGAAGGAGAAUCGGAGGUCGACCUGAAGAUGAUCUGGGCGCCGGUCAAGGCUAGCCUUGGAAAAUUGUACUGUUCUUGACUAAGCUGAGCACUGAACAUGUGUUUUUACAAGCAGCACUGAAGAAAGAAUGUAUUUCAUCGAUCAAUAAAAGUAAAUAGAAUAUUAAAUCUUUAAGAGGCGUUUGCAGGAGCCACAAAUGGGGUGAUUUAGUUACGUUUUGGGAGGAUUUUCCCCUAAAAACCUAAGCUGCCUCAAUCAGAGUCUCACUCAGAUUUGUUUUGCACUUUUCCUGAUUAAACUUCAGGAUAUUCUUUAUGCACUUCUGAGUAGCUGCUGAGUAUAUACCAGACCUUUAGUGGAGGGAGUUUCAAGCAUAACAAAAAUGUCUUUACUAGUAAUGCACGGAGAAACCGGCCUGGGAUCAGAAUUGGAUGAUUUCUCGCUUGAUCAACCCUGACAAGUGAUGGAAAAACUCCCAACGUUUGACCAUUUUCUGAUCUGUAAACGCGCCGCAUUGCAUUAAACGUCUCCCUCACCAAGUGGUGGAGGCUCGAAGGUGUUUUCAGUUUGAUCAAGGUGAUUGAAGUAUAAGCAGAGGGAAACAGACAUGUAAGAAGUCAUUUAAAAAGCAACUUUUCUGUGAUAUUUUAGAAGCUGUGGUUUAUUUAGGCAGUGAGAGAGAGAAAUACCUUCACCUUAUCAGGGAGCAUGCUGAAUUUAGACAUUUAGCUGCUUUUGGAAAUCUCAGUUAAGGUAAGGCUCACCAUUCUGUAGAGCAGGGGUUCCUAAACUUAUCAGCCUGGAGCGUUUAUUCUCAUAAUGUUCUCCAUUCUUAUACACCUAAUAUGAUUUUAUUGUUGUAAAAUCCCCACAGAAAAUUGUAUAAUGGCCAUUGUUGGCUAAAGAAAAGAAAUUACUGGCCACAGAGGAAUACAUUUCCACACAAGACCUUAAAAAAAACGUAUUUUCUGAUGUUGAUUAGUCGUAAAUUUUUGAGAAUUGUUUUCCCCCCAUACAAUUCCUAUAUUAAAAAAAGUAUAUCUCUGAUAUUGUGAAGUCAGGAAUUUGGAUCAUCACUUGGAUCAUCUCACGACCUGCACUUGGGGGAACCCCUGCUCUGGAAUACAUAAAGAGACGGAUGUGUCCAGUUAUUAAUAUUAAACAUAUUAUGUGCUAAUAUAUGAUGCUGAACAUAGUUUUAAUAGUCAACUCUUUAAUAAUUCUGUCUGGGUUUCAAGGUCCUAUCCACAUUAACGCAUAUAAAAAAAAAAAGGUUUUCUGCCCUAUUUGGAUCGCCUGUAACGGGUAAACAUAUUUCUUGAUGAAAAAAAAAACAUGCAGACAGGAUACAAGGAGAUUUUUUUUCCUCCCACAAUCCUUUUCUGUGCUAGAAACCACAAACAAAUUGGGGCCUUUUUAAUGGGUUAUUCUCCACUCUGUCUCCAUUAAAUUACAUAUGUAAACUAAUAUGCAAGCGGCUUUUGUCAAAUUCAUGUCAUGUAUAUCUUUAACCCAGAACAUAGAGAUGUAGAUUAAAAAAUAUCCAUUUAAAUAAAGAGAAACAUGUACUGUGGUGUAGCUGGGGCUUAGAAUAAUAAAAAGAAGUCCCAAUUGGCUAAAAUAGUUAUCGGCAGCCCAGCGUUAGAUUGGAAAUUGGCCAAAGAACCUCUGAUUGGUGCGCCUCUAGUUUUCACAUUAGUUAAGAAGAAAUUCUCAGACACGAUAUGUAGUGUAAAUGUUUGAGUUUCAGUUUACAGAUUGGUGUAAUGUAAACUCAUCUGACAAAUCCAGUGUUUAAAGUGAUUUAUGGCCGUGAUUUAUAUAUUUUUUCUUCAUAUUUUAUAAUUUGUUGUUGCCUCGGGCCGUCGGGGACUGGAGCACCAUUGCCUGACUGUACCGUGACCUACUGCAACUGCAGACUGAUCUCCACCAGGUCCUUCUGCAGGAUAACCGCUCCGAUGGGAAUAUUUGUACCAGUCGGCAUCAUUGUGGUUUUAUUUUUCUAAGGUGUUUUUGAGGCUGUUUUUAAAGUAUGCAGUUUCAGCAUGUCAUCUCCUGCACAUGUCUUAAUUCGUCCACUCGAUUCCAGCUUUGCUUUCAGUAGCUCGCCUUUUGUCUCCUGUAUUCUGUAAUUCAGAUCCUCCUUGCCUUAAAGUCAAUCAACUAAUCACAAGCCUUUGUUUAGACGGGUUCUUAAAAGUGUUGGUGAAUAUGUAAUCUAGCAAAAACUGUCAAUCUUUGGUAAUUGUUUUGAAGAACAUUGCUGUUUUUUCCUUAUUCCAUGUUGGGUUUUGCUGUUUGUGCAUCAUUGGACAGUUUGAAUUGAAUUGCUGUUUUUAUUCUUUUGUAUUUGCAGACCUGUUGUGUUGUAAUGUUUACAGAUGUUGGUCAGAAAAGUGUUUUCUUCAGAGUUUGUUUUUUUUCUAAUGUUUGAUUAAAACUAUUGAAAUCGGUUGUAUACCUGCUGCUGCUACAGUUUAUUUGUGAACAACCUUCAACAACAGAGUAACGAUUCUCAAAACUUUGAGCAAAUACUAACCCUAACCUUCAGGGAGCGUUCCCUACAGGUUAGGAAGUCUAUGAUAUUUAGAGAAAGUUCCCUAAAAGUUUGGACAUAAUUACUCCUUAAAAUAUUUAGGGGACACCCUAUAAUGGUUAGUGAUUUUUUUUUUUCUCCCCCCUUUAGAGAACUUUUCGGGAAUGUUCUCUAAUUGAUGGCGGGGUUUAACAGUUUUCUAGAAACUAUCAGGGAAUUUUCUUUAAAGCUUGCCAAAAGGUUAUCCACAACUUUUUUACGGUGCAACUUUCAGGGAACUUUUAAAGAACGUUCUCCAAAGGUCAGAUUCAACACAAACACUAUUCUGGGAACUAUGCCCUGUAAUCGUUUGAAAACAAUCAUCUUUAAAGAACAUUUAGGAAACGUCCCCUAAGGUUUGAAGGUUUUCUAACCAUUAGAGACGUUUAUUUUUGUUUGUUUCAUUUUUACCUGCUCAGCAAACUAAAACGUCCUGUAUUUUAAUGAAACGGGCAAAGUAAUCCAAUUAAUUUAGAAAAGGGAUCUGUAAAUCGUUGUUGAUUUGAAACAUAAAAGCAGCUUGCAGUUUAUAGCAAACGAUAUCCUAAAUUUUUCGGACUGAUAAUCUUUUUCUAGAUUUUUGUUUUUGUGUUUACCUUUCCAGCAACAAGCACAGAAUAUUGCUCACUUUCAUGUUAUUCUGCCAAGUUUAAUAAAUGAGUGCACCCAAA